CGGCGCGGGGCUCGGCCGCUCGGCCCUGCAGCUCCGCGCACCCGGCAACGGCGGCGGUGCAGCCUCGGGCGUUCGGACAGCUUCCGAGCCCAUGGCGGGGAGCGACGUGGACAGCGAGGGCCCCGCACGGAGGGGCGGCGCGGCGCGGCGUCCGGGGGCCCCUGGCGGGCCAGGAAGCGAGGCGGCAGCCGGCUGCCCGGAGCCGCUGUCCACUGCUGAAGCGCCGGCUGAGAGCGCCACGCUGCCCGCCUGGAUGCGCCUCUACUUCUACGGGAUGCACGGGAUCACCCUGGACGUGCUGGUGUCCUCGGCCCGGCGCUUCGCCCGCAGCCCGGACCUGCGGAUGCUAGGCUUCUCCUCGCCCUACCGCUGCCUGCUGCACUCGCUCACCCAUUUCGCCCUGGAGAAGGUGUACCUGCAGCAGCGGCGCUGUCCCAACGCCUUCGUCUUCAAUUUCCUCCUCUACCCCUCGGCCCACGUGGGGCUGCAGACCCUAGCGGGCCAGGCGCUACUACUCAGCCUGGGCGGCGGGGCGGGGGUCGCGGUGGCGCCAGGGGCGCUGGACCUGGCGCUGCAGUACGUGCUAGCGCUCUACCACUGCCAAGUGUUCCUAAAGCGCUUCCUGCGCUUGCGGUACGGGCGACAGAGGCGGCGGCAGCAGCAACAGCAGCAGCAGCAGCAGCAGCGCAGGGGCGCGCUCCCCGUCCCUCCCGGCGCCCGGGUCCCUACUGCGGCCGGAGCCCGGCGGCGACGACCCCGUGGCCCCAGGGGCGCCGGGGGAGCCCCCAGCCAGGGGCUGCCCGACCUACCCCGCUUUCUUUUCUUCGGAAUGCACGGCUUUCUGGAUGAGAUCUUCUUCACCUUCUUCUUCAACGUACUGGGGCAGGGGGACGGGACAACCAGCGGCCACACGUCGCUCUGGUCCUUCUUUAUGUACGGCAGCUGCAGUUUCGUGGUGGAAAAGCUCUACUUCCACCUCCACUACAGCCGCGGUUGGGGCACUUGGAAGCGGGUGCCCAUCUACGUGAUCUUCAUCUACGUGUGGGAGCUGUCCUGGGGUCUGGGACUCCGCACGUGCGGGGCUUGUUCCUGGGACUAUUCUCACUACCCGCUCAAUUUUAUGGGCCUCAUCACCCUGAUGUAUUUACCUGGCUGGAUAUUCCUUAGUGUGUACCAGGACCUAAUUUCCAACGUGUUGUGGAGGGUGCAGUACGUACCAGCUAACUAAAACCAAAAAAGAAAGAAAGAAAAGGAAAAAGUCACUGGAUUCCCACGAAUGGAUGCGAUUUAUUUUUACACAUUUAAAAUGAAGUGGGUUUUUUAGUCCUUUAAUUUUUAUACGCUUUACUAAACUCUUCCAACUUGUUUUAUUCCACCUUUUAGUUUUUCUAUUUGAAACCCGUGUAUAAUAUACUUUGAAACACUACUCGAAACAUAAUUCAAAGUACUUUAGUCGCCAAUGUUUUAAAACGUUUACAAGCCCAAACGUUUACAAGCCCAAACAGCAAAACCGUUAUACCUUAACAUCAGAAUGAUGUAGUAGCGUUUACCCAUCUGGCAAUAGAUGAGUGACAGCUACUAAUUUUUUUUUUUUUUUUUGGCGGGGGGGAUCUUUAAAUCAGAGACCAGUGAUUUUUACAAGAUUUGGCUAAAUUUUCUGAUUCAGUGAUUUGUUUACUUUCUUUUUAAUCUAAUUUCAUUUUAAUUCCUUGCCAUAUUUACCAAUGACUGAAGAAACUCAAUGUCUUGUACUCUUGAGACUACAGUUAAUAGCUCUUAAAGUGCCUCCGUCUAGCACACAAGUGAAAAGAGGCUGAAAAAUGUGAAAGCACGUUCUAUGAACAGAUAUUUAAAUGAGAGGUCUUUUCUAGCAACUCACACAGGUGACACUGUGUUAAGAUAUUUGAUCUCCAUCCUGGAAAUGAUUGCUUUCCAAUGUGGGUAAGCCUUAAACAGCAGGUGUGUUAACGUUGAUCAGAUCCUGUGUUAUCUAUGGCUGUAAAUUUUUGUUACUGUGCAAUAAUGUAAAAUGUUUACCUUACAUAGCCGAGGGCCAAGUGAAAUUAUAUCACCUUCCACAGUGUUCUAACUCCAAGGACCCUUUUCUACAUGGAACUUCAAGGGCAGAAACAUUACCUUUGAAUAAAAUGAACCUGAAUGUUCACUCUAA